AGCAGGCUCUCCGUUUGGUAACAGUCAACGUGCCUUGUUACCAAACACGGAAUUUUCCGUAAACGACGUGUUGUUCUUGCUGAAAGAGACAACUGAGGGUUACCGACAUGACUAAGACAUGCAUUCACUGGUUCCGCAAGGGACUCAGGCUGCACGACAACCCAGCACUGAUGGCUGCUCUGAGGGACUGUAAGAAACUCUACCCAGUGUUCAUCCUGGACCCUCACCUGCACAACAAUACCCCAGUGGGCAUCAACCGCUUGAGGUUCCUCCUUGGAGCCCUUAAAGACUUGGACAGCAGCCUUAAGAAGCUCAAAUCCAGGCUGUUUGUUGUGAGAGGGAAACCGGAGGAUGUGUUUCCCAAGCUGUUCAAUGAGUGGAAAGUAACAAAGUUGACCUACGAGUACGACACAGAGCCCCACGGUCUGAUCCGGGACAAAAAAGUGACUGCACUGGCCAAAGACCAUGGAGUCGAAGUCAUCUACAAAAUCUCACACACUCUUUAUGAUAUAGACAGGGUAAUUGAGGAAAACAAUGGGAAGGCUCCCCUUACUUAUAAGCGUAUGCAGGCGAUACUGAAAAGUCUUGGUCCCCCUAAGAAACCAGUCCCUGCCCCAACCAUGGAAGACAUGAAAGAUGUGAAGACUCCUUGCUUGGAAAACCAUGAGAAGAAAUAUGGGAUCCCUACACUGGAGGAGCUCAGUCAGGACACUGCAGCUCUUGGAGAGGAGCUGUUCCCAGGGGGAGAACAGGAAGCUCUGAGGAGACUAGAUGAACAUAUGAAACGAACGGGAUGGGUAUGCAGCUUUGAGAAGCCCCAGACUUCUCCAAACUCUUUGAGCCCCAGCACCACUGUUCUCAGUCCAUAUGUCACCCAUGGCUGCCUGUCUGCUCGUACCUUCUGGUGGAGGCUGACAGAGGUCUAUCAGGGGAAGAAGCACUCAGAUCCUCCAGUUUCCCUGCAUGGCCAAUUACUGUGGAGAGAAUUCUUCUACACAACUAGUGUGGGUAUCCCAAACUUCAACAAGAUGGAGGGCAACUCUGUAUGUACUCAAGUGGACUGGGAUACUAACUCUGAGUACCUGGCUGCAUGGAGAGAGGCUCGGACUGGUUUCCCCUUCAUUGAUGCUAUCAUGACUCAGCUGAGACAGGAGGGCUGGAUCCACCACCUGGCCAGACACGCAGUCGCUUGCUUUCUCACCAGGGGAGAUCUGUGGAUCAGCUGGGAAGAAGGGCAGAAGGUGUUUGAGGAGCUGCUGUUGGAUGGCGACUGGGCUCUGAAUUCUGGGAACUGGCAAUGGCUCUCAGCGAGUGCCUUCUUCCACCAGUUCUUCAGAGUCUACUCCCCUGUUGCCUUUGGCAAGAAGACAGACAAAAGUGGAGACUAUAUCAGGAAGUACCUUCCUCUUCUAAAGAAGUUCCCAGCUGAAUACAUCUAUGAGCCUUGGAAAGCUCCUCGCAGCAUCCAGCAGGCAGCAGGGUGUAUUGUGGGUAAAGACUACCCACGUCCCAUUGUGCAGCAUGAGAUGAUCAGCAAGAAGAACAUUCAAAGGAUGAAGUUGGCUUAUGCCAAGAGAUCCCCAGAUUCCACUGAAUCUCCCAGCAAAGAGCAAGGUGUAAAGCGCAAGGCUGUAUCCAUUGUCGACAUGCUGACGAAGAAACAAAGAGUAAAGUAAUCAUACACAAAUUCAUUCCAAGUAACAAGAGUUAAUGUUCAUGACAAAUAACUGAACACAUGGGUUUUGGUGUUGUUCCAGUACUGAAGCUCUAUCUGAACUGGAGCUAAGGUGGUCGUUCAGAGGCUUUUCUUGUUUAUGUUGGCAGGCUAUCUCCUAUAUCUAAUUUUUAUUCCUCCUUUUAUUAGUCUCCAUUUUAUAUGUUGAAUACAAUUUUUAUCUUUAAUUUUCAUAUUGUAUGUAUCUCAGGGUGUAGAAUAAGAAGAAGAAUUGCUGAGUGUUCAGUUAGAUUCACUCAGGUUAGAAUUACACUUCAAGACUGUUACCUGGGAAUUAGAUUUAGAUUUUUUGGAAGGCUACAAAUAUCAAAACAGUUUGUGUUUGGAUCACAAAUAAGCCUUUUUAUUGAUGUGCAUGUGAAUUGCUAAAAUGCCUUAUUAUUACACUUUUUAAAAGCAGUUUUCUCAGCUUUUUAAAGAAACACAAGAACAAAGAUGUAUCUGUCUGUAUUUUAGAGCAGAAAAUGACAAAAUUGUACAUAAACUACCAGUAGUGGAGAGGUGAGAAUUUCAGUGCUCUGACUGUUACCACUAGAGGUCACCAUAAUUCUACCUGCAGAAAAAUGUUUCACAUUGGCACACACUUAUAAUGAAUAUUAUUUUUGAAGUGAAUAGAUCGAGUUAAGAAAGAAUCCACAAGGAUGAUGAGAAGUGCUUCAGUCUGCUUGUCAUGUUUAGAGCUUGGGACAUUUAUUAAUAUAUUUUGUACAUGCAAAAUGUUUUUUUUUUUAUUUUAUAUAUUCAGUCUUUUAAUUCUAAUGUUCCACAUAAAAAUUUCAUGAUA